CUUCACGUCACUUCUAGAGGGCAGCUGAGCGGCUAGUAAAGUGUAGUUUGAAGGCAGACACAUCGCUGACUUCCUUCUAUUAGCUCAGAGAAGUGCGAUCGUAGUGCAGUCUGAAAGAGUAACAGGCCAAUAUGCCGGUGGAAUUGUAUCUGUUUCAGGGCAGCGCGCCUUGCACAUUCGUGCAAAUGGUGGCCAAACACAUUGGCGUUGAGUUUACCCUUAAGGAACUUGACUUUGUGAAGCGGGAACACGAGGCACCAGAGUUCACCAAGGUCAACCCAUUUCAGAAGGUCCCGACUAUAAACGACUCCGGAUUCAUUCUUUACGAAAGCUCUGCCAUCGCUUACUUCCUGGUGAACAAAUACGCGCCUACCUCGGAGCUUUACCCCAAAGAUGUGCAAAAACGGGCACGCGUGGACCAAGUCCUUUCCGUUGUGUCGACGCACAUUCAGCCAAAGUUCUCGGCAUUCUCGAUACCAUCAUUCAGAACCAACAAGAAGCCAAGUGCCGAGAGCUUCAAGGAAUUUGAGGAAGGUGUCGUGAAGGCUUUCCAGCAAGUUAUUGGCGACAAAGCAACUUUUGUAGCGUGCGAUCAAUUGACACUCGCCGAUAUUCGCCUGAUUUCUCUCCUAGCCUGCAUUGUUCCGCUCAACGAUCUCUUUGAUAGAGCGAAGUAUCCCAAUGUGGCGGCCUACUACGACCGUGUGACAGCGAAGAUGCCGUAUUUCGAGGAACUUCUGCGGCACCAUAUUGACGAGCGUUCCAGAUUCUGGUCAACCCUUCAGUAGUUCGGAACAACAAUAAAGCAAGUGACUACCUUCCAAAAUGAAAACGGAAAUAUGAUGCUGAAUAGUGGUAGGAAAAUCUUCCUUAGGUGGGGAUGAACUAAGCUGAAUAUGUGUAGAGCACUGAAAAUAAAUAUGAAGAAAUCAAAAGCCCAAA